GGGACAGUGGGCGUGGCCUCGCGCUUCGUUACGUCACGAUCAGCUGUUCUGAGCUUCUACGCUGUGAUCCGCGGAUCAGCUGGGCGAAGCAAUAACAGCCAGGACAAAAACAAGACAAAUAUAUAAAUGCAGCAAAAACGGGAUUAAAAAACAACAACAAGAGAAGAACACAAGGAUAAAGACUGCACAUUUAGCUGUCGUGUAGUUUAAAAGUUUCUUCUAAGAAGAAAGCCUUUCUAUUAAUCUUAUUAUUAUUAUUUUCAUGUGAAUAUAAUCCUGGUGCAUUAACACUACCUCAUAGAAACGCUCCUGAAUCCGGGCUUUAAGGCUUUUGUCGUGUUUCUUACUGUUUCGUCCACACGUUUACACGUUUUUUCGGUGCUUCAGCAAAGGCAGCUCCACCACCUGGACUAUCUGAGUCACUUCCACUCAGGAAACGUCUCCUGACUGUCUGGUUUCUUUUUCCACAGGCCUUUGCAGUCAUAGAAAGACCAUAAAUUUGCACUUCGAGAGUUAAUAAACUCUUCCAACGUUCGUUUCACCAACAAGGGCUUGACAAGCAAAAGACGCCUAAAACACACCGUGCUGGUCCUUCACAACCUGCAACAGAAGACCAUCAGCAUUACGAACUGUAGAUCUUUUCCGAGACAAAUUCCAAGGCAGCUCUCCCUCAGGAUACCUCCACAAUCUGCCCUUUGACCUCCAAGUCGGCCAUGUUCCAGCGACUUAGCAACCUGCUGUUCGGAGCGGUGGAGGACGUCUCUGCCGAGCUCAAUGGACCCAAGCCCUGCGUGACUGAGGUGGAUGAUGAGGGAUGGCUUCUGGUCAGCGUAUCCGGUGACAGAAACUGUACCAUGUUGGGUGAGGAUGGGGUGGAGGUCCCAUCGAUAGCACAGUCUCUUCCAAAUAGUGAAUGUCAGAGGGUGGAGUCUGGAUGUGAUAUAGCCACUCCACCCUCUCGUACAAGUGACUCCAGCCCUUUCUCAUGCAAACGGCGCAGGACUAGAGCAGGCCGCUCUCAGGCAGCGUGUCCUCCUUCGUCUCGUUCCCUUCAUUCCCCUCUUUCCCUCGACUCUCCCUCCCCGCUUGGGUCAGGUGGAGCGAAUGUGCUGUCUGACCCCGCCCCCUGUGGGUUGGAUGAGAGCUGGUUCAUCACUCCUCCACCCUGUUUCACUGUAGAGGGAGCGCCAGCUGAGGCCAGCCCCAUGGAGGACCUGCUCAUCGAGCAUCCUAGCAUGUCCGUCUACGUCUCCUCGUCCAACCUGGAGGAGAGUACAGCCAACAUGGCCGACAGUGUGAGCAGGAUGUCUGAAUCCACCCCAGCCCCUGUUCCCACUCGGUUGGUGCGAGGAUCAGCGUGUCAGGUGGUUCCUCUUGCCAAAGUGACUCAGGCGAGCCGUGUUCAGAGGGCCAAAGCCCGCAUGGAGCGUCGUCACCUGGGCCGCGGUCGCAUGCAGCGCCAAAACCGCGUCCGCCAGCAGAUCCCACGCCACAUGGCUCACACACGCAACUCUGUCCUGCACCAACCGUGCCAGCGCAACUUCUGCCACUGAUCCACCAGGAUCCUGGCAUCACCAUCAUCAUCAUCACGUUCACCAACCUCCAUCAUCCCACAUCACUUACCGUACCAUGUCUUCAGCAUCCUCCACCAAAGCCCUCUUUUAACGUUAUUCCAGUCACGAACAGGAAUGCUUAAAAUCCAUCCAUUAUAGACGAGCCACUUGUUUUUCCAAUUAGCAUUCGAUUCACAUGGCUCUGUUUUAAAUAGUCGCAGCAUUUGCUCAUGUCUCCAAGAUGCCAUUUACAAUCAGCAACCUCACACGCAGACGGAAGUGGGAACGGCUAAUAUCAAAAACUAGCAAAGAUUCAAAACAAGAAAAGUAGCAGCACAGACAGAGAACACCGAUGUGGAAGAAACCAAACAAGGGUCUGACGCUAACAUCUCAUCCUUUAUUUGCUUUCAUUUGUGUUGGAAAAGUCCAGUUUUCUCCAUUCUUAUUUUCUUUUGUGAUUUCUAUGGGGGGGGGGGGGGAACGAAAAUACCGUAGAGGCUAAAAUGUGUUGCAAAACUAUAACAUCGCGUCAGACAGCGCUGCGUUUCUGAUACGGAGAAAGGGGCUUUAACAACACACAGAAUGGCAAAGUAGGUCAAUGAAGGUGGACGUGAGGAUAAAACAGAGUAAAGAUUGCUGGAUGUUGAUGGAGAAUUGAAGAGGAUGUAAAUUAGUACGUAUCGUAGCCCACAGCAUUACCAUAGCGCCUUAAAGGGAAAAUCCAAACUACUAUGGAUUGAGAAUUUUUUGGAUUUGAGUUGAUUUUUUUUUUUUUCUUAAGUAAAUCGUGGGUUGGGUUUUCCCUUAAAAUGCUUUGGUGCUUUUUGGUCUUUGGUGCCUCCUCGAACAUUUUGGGCCAAUUUAAGGUAAAGAAACAGAACGCACUGUGACAUGUUCAUGCUAACAAUGCAUGUAAUGUUGAAUAUUGGGUGCUGAGUUAGCAACUACAGCUGAAGAUAUAUUUAUUUUUAAUGGAUCGUUAUAAAAUCUCACCCGGUUUCAGGCAUUUUGUCCAUUUAUUUGCAUACUUACUGGUCACGUAUUGAUAAUAAACCUUAAAUGGAUGUCCAGCCUAGAAAGAGGAGUGUAAAGCCACAUGACCAGCACUUAUCAGAGCCAGUGUGAGGUUACUGUGGGUUACAGGGUGUGGUAGAUUAUAGAAGGUGUAGGAUAAGGGUUAAAGGAAUUGCAUUGCAUCGCCACCUAUAAUGGUAAAUGGUCUGCACUUAUAUAGUGCUUUUUUAACCUUAGCAGCUUUCCACUGUUUCGCAUUCACCCAUUCACACACAUUCACACACCAAUGGCUGCAGAGCUGCCAUGCAAGGUGCUAGCUUUGGGGUUCAGCGUCUUGCCCGUGGACACUUCGGCAUGUGGAGACAUGUGGGCUGGGAAACGAACCACCAACCCUACGAUUAAUGGACAACCCGCUCUACCAUCUGAGCCACAGCCGGCCGGUGACAUGGUGAUACGGAACAAAUAAGAUGAUAAACUCAAAUCUGGCGUCACAAAGGGGAUGCGAAUGAGCUCCAGACUCAGAUUUUAACCACAUCGAUUUGAGAAAACAAUCAACUGUUGCAAGCCUGUUACACCUCUAGGUGGCGAAGCAGUCCCCUUUAAGACACGGUAUAGAAAGCGACUCUUUAUUGUGUUUUGCUGCAUUAGGUUUAGAUCAUGUUCUUUUUAUGAUUCACUUUUGAAGUGAAUGUGCCUCAGACCCUUGAUCUUCCUCUCCAUCCAUCCUCUCAGUGUCAGUCCUGCAACUCAAACCCAAACCCAACGCUUAGCUAAAAGAAAAUCACUGUGAUCAUAUUUGUAGACACCGAACAUAUUACACCAUGACAUGAGACUGAAUUAUUCAUUUUACUCUCAGAAAUCCGUCCCAGUGAGCAAAGCGUGACCAUUGAUGAACGUUACUAAGGCCACCUAGCAUGACUAAAUGGGAUACUUCGCGUUUGCUCACAUAUAGUUGAUUAGGCAAGACAUGUUUGCUCUCUAAUGUAGAUAACAGAAGAGGGCAGAUAGCACUUUCCUCCGAAGGUGUUCAGCUGCGAUGUGGUGGCUUCACGUAUCUAGGACGAAGCAUAUGCUAGCCUUCACCCUCUCUGGCUAGCUAGGGGGCAGGAAUAGGCAAAAUGGCCAAAUUGGAAGAAAUGAGGUUUAAAUAAAAACAAUAUAGCCACCACAUUUCCACCGCAAGUCUGAUACCUAGCGAUUCCAGUUAUCCAAGAUGGCCGCCCCAUAACGUCACAGUUUAGAGCUACGUUACAGUGGAUAUAUGAUAUAGAUCUUCAUUACUUAUUACUACUUACAUUAAAAGCAAAUGUCUGACACUAUUGAUUUUUUUUUUGCAUGCUAUUCCUUUAAUUUAAUCCAUUAAGAGUGUGAUUGGUCUACUCAUAUAUGUGUAAACACUCAUGCGUGUUCACUUGCAGAAUCCAUCCUUCUCCAUCAUUCAGUGUUACUUUCCUCCAUGGAAAUCCUCUGUGUCAUGCUCUGGCUUACAUGCGUAUCAUCGAUGCUGAUUAGAUUCACUAUGGUGCUGAACAUGUUUGACUGUUUGUAAAAGUCAACUUGGAUGUAUGUUUGCACUCUCUUACAGUUUAUUUUUGAGGUUUUUAGCUUUGUGCGAUUUUAUUUGUUUUAUUUCAAGCAUCAGUCCGAAUGAGAGGGUGAUGUUGAUGUGCAUGAGUUGGGAAAACAAACUAUUUUAAAUUAUUCACAUUCACAUAUGAUAUGUACAUAUAAUGCACAGCUCUUUGCAGUACAGUGUUUGUGUGUUUUAGCUGAAUGAUGUCACCGUUUAUUGAAAACAUCUUUACAAAGCUAAGUUGAAUACAUAGAAUUGAAUCUACCCCUCCUCCUCAUACCCCCCCCUACCCCCCCCCCCCCCCGACAAAGGUGUUUUUUUGGUGAUCAUCAUUUUUGGGAAAUAAGGGUAGGCCUGAAAAUCUUCUGAAUCAUUUACUAUGUUAUACCGGCAUGUAAUGGGCUAUUUAUUCAUAACCUUGACUGCUGAGAUCGUCAGCGUGAUGUAACACAAAGAAAAUCUCUUAACAAAAAUGAAUAUAUUCAAAUAUUCUUUCCCUUAUAUUUUAUUUUUCUUUCUUUCCAAAUGGAUUGUAUGCAUCAUUUUUAUUAUGGAUGGAUGAAUGUCAGAGGUGGAUCUUUUAGGAUAUCUCAUCAAACUAGUGCACUUCCUGCCCAGAUAGCAAACUGAUGCUGGGUCAAUGUUGUUUGCCACUCUUGGCUCAGAGUAGUUGUGUCUAUUGGGCCAAUGUUGGGCCGCCAAGUUUGACAGAAUUUCGGGUAACUUUAAAUCCAUUUUGCCAAUGUCGGCCAUUUUAUUGGCCCAAUGUUGGAUGGCAGGGUUGACAGACUUUCACCCACCUUUAACUCGACUUUGCUAAAGUUGAGCAAAUGUCAGCCAUUCCACUGGGUCAGCACUUGGAGCAAACAUUGGCCUAACAUAAUUUUCUCCAUUGGACCAACGCUGGGCCACCAGGGCCAACUUUUAGCCACCUUUAAAUCCACCUAGCCAGGGUUGGCCCAACGUUGGCAAGGUUCUUAUAAAAGUGUGCUUUGGCCGACAUUGGACCAACAUUAGGGCAAUACUAGACCAGUGUUAUGAAAAUUUCACCUUUGCCAACAUUUAGAUCAACAGUGUAGGGAGGCUCAACAUAACCACCUCAAAAUAGACAUUGGGUAAACAUCAGUUUGCUACCUGGGUGUGUUACCUUGAGUCAAUGUGGUGCUUCUCGCCUACUGUGUCAGUCCAUACAGAGGUGAUACUACAUCAUACACAGCAAUUAAACCUUAUGGGAGGUAACAGCUCACUCACCCUCUAUAAACAUCCAUCACUGUUUAUUUUGCUUUAUAUUUUGUUUUGACACUCCACCACAUUCUCUCUCUCUUUCCUGUUGUCUCUCAUUAUUGUAAUUUCUUUUUCUCCUGUGUGUGUGUGUGUGUGUGUGUGUGUGCGUAUGAUUAAUGAAAUGUGUAUGGCUAUAGGGAGCAGUGUGUAACACCUCAGGGCAGCUUGGGGUUUAUUUGACUGUGUGGUGUGAUGUGAGAACCUAGACAAAUGGGAAAAAAAAAAACUACAAAACAAACAAACUGAUUAAUGAACUAAAAAUAUAUAGAUAGAUAGAUAGAUAUAUAAAUGUGCUUGUAUUUUUCCUUAUGAUUAGAUGCAAAUGUUGUUUAAUUCACUGUUCAUGUUCAUGAUUUAUUAUAUUGUGAAAAAUUAAGGGGGUGGACCAUCAAACAGCAAGACUGCACUCUUCUGUUUGGUUCUUGCGCCCUGAAACUAUGGCAGCUUUUUCAAAUGUAGGGGUUUACCUUCACGGGGGGUAUCCUCCACGAAACGUACACCCCCUUUAAAAAAAAAAAAGUACAAAUAGAAUAUAUUAAAAGGAAUAAUGUAUCUGAUAUCUAUGGUGAUCGUGCCUUUCACUAUUCUGCAUGUUUUUUUUUUCUUUGUUUUUUUUUUCGUGAUUAGCUGACUUUUCUAUCCUGUCUGUGUGGGCACUGGUCCGUACGCAGUAGUAGAGACCUAUGCAAAAUACAAGGAUGGGGUUCCAGCAUCCAUUCAGAAAUACAGGUACUGGAAAAAAAUGACAAAAUAAAAAAACUCUCAGGAUGAAA